AUGCCACCUUUACUUCAUCUAGUUAGGCAUGCAGAGGGCUACCACAAUCUCGGACCCCAGUAUUGGAAACUCCCAGACCCUUUACUCACAGAAGCUGGAAAACGACAAUGCUGGGAACUGAGGGAGAGUUUUUCCGCAAAAUCAACAGUCGAUUUGGUUGUCACUUCGCCUAUGCGCCGCGCUAUCUACACUGGUCUGGGAGCAUUCAAUUUUGUUUUUGAAUAUCACCCGGACCGGAAAUUGAUCGCCCUCCCGAGCCUGCAGGAACUCAGUGAAUUUCCUUGUGAUGUGGGCAGCAAAUUGGAGGACUUGCAAAACGAAGUUCAACAGCAGAAUCUUCCUGUAGACUUGGGAUAUGUCGAAGAAGGCUGGUAUAUCAAAACUGGCAAGUACAAGUCAACACUUGAGAGCAUACGGGAUCGCGCUCAGAGUACCAGGUCUUGGUUGAAAGCACGGCCAGAGAAGGAAAUUGUGGUUGUCACGCAUGGCGGUUUUUUGCACUUCUUGACUGAUGAUUGGGAAGACGGUGCCAAAUAUGAAGCAACAGGCUGGAACAAUGUGGAGUGCCGAACAUAUGAGUUUCUCUCAGACCGUGGGAAUUCAGGAGGGCCAGACGAUGCAGAGUUGCAGGAAACCAUGAAUUCACGGCGAAGACGGGGUAAACUGGAUCUACCACUAUCACCCGAUACACAAGACCGACUACGCAGGGGGAUAUUGCUGGAUUGGGCGAAACAAGGGUAUACAAUUGGUUCGCCCACUGUCACAGAGAAUAGCUCACCUGAUUUUCAGCUUUAA